GCUCUCAACAAGAUCGCUGGUUUCGUGACACGCCUGAUGAAGCGUCUGAGCCACUCGCAGGUCCGUGGUAUCUUCAUCAAGCUGCAGGAGGAGGAACGUGAACGCAGAGAUAACUACGUACCGGAGGUGUCCGCUCUGGAGCAGGACAUCAUCGAAGUGAAUCCGAAGUCCAAGGAGAUGUUGAAGCAGCUGGACUUCAACAACAUCGUUGUCCAGGUGACCAACCCGUCGGCGCAGGGCUACAGCCGUCGCAACUAAGUCUGCUGCAUGGACCAAUCAAGUCUCGUCUA